AUGGCAGGUGGUGAAGGUGCUCCACCACUACCUAGAGUAGACACUCAUUUCAGGUCGACGAUCUUUAGAAACCCAUCUCCAAUUGUUACACCAGUUUUAAAUGGGAGAGUAUUUGAAAUCCGGCCUCAGUACUUGGCUAUUUUACCAACCUUUAGGGGAGUUGCAUCAGACGAGCCUUACACACAUUUGAUUGACUAUGCAGCAAUAUGUAGCACCAUUGGGAAACAAGGCUUUACACCCGAAGAGGUAAAAUUACGUCUUUUUCAAUUUUCACUCAAAGAUAGAGCUAAACAAUGGUUUUCAACUUUACCAUCUGAUAGUAUUCGAACAUGGGAUGAAAUGCAAAGAACUUUUCUUGAGGAAUACUAUCCGAUGAGUAAAACUAGUGAAGCUCGAAAUGCUACCAAAUCUUUUAGUCAACAUGUUGGGGAAACAUUUCAUGAAGCCUUCAAACGUUUUAAUGAAAUGCUUAGAAUGUGUCCUCAUCAUGACAUCCCUAAAUGGGAUUUGAUCAAAAAUUUUUAUGAUGGUUUAGUUACCGAGGAUCAAAAAGUUGUUUUUGCAUGUAGCGAUGGAACCUUUUUAACUCAUGAUGAGAAUUAUGAAUGGAAUUUUUUAGAAACUUUAAGUAAAGGUUUAAAAAUUCAAGCUUCCGCUGAUCGAAGUGUUAAACCACAUCAAAUUAAAGUUGUAAAUGACCAACCUAGUAAUGAAAGGUUUGAUGCAUUAGAAAAGAAAAUUGAUAUGAUUUGCCAAAAGUUGGGAAAGGAUGUUUCUCUUGUUUCGCAGGUACAAGAGUUAUGUGAAAUAUGUGGAGAUAUGGGGCAUGUUGCUUUUGAUUGCCCUAUGAAUUUUGGAAGUAACGAAGAAGUUAAUCAAGUACACGGGGAAAGGAAUAUGAAUUCUAACACGUAUCAUCCCGGAUUGCGGAAUCAUCCAAAUUUCCGAUAUGGCAACCCCGCUAAUCAAAUGAAUCCUAACUUUCAAGGAUCAAGUCAACAAGGUGGACAGCAACAAUUUCAGCCUCGUCAACAAAACUUUCAAGGCCAAGCAAGUUCAUCACAAGGAAAUGCAAACAAUGAAGGUUCAACCAAGUUAGAUGAGAUUUUAGGAAUCCUAAAAGGGGUGGUGCAAGAACAAGAAGUUCAAGGUAAGACCGUAGGAUCUCUAACCCAACAAGUUGGUCAACUAGCCGAAGAAGUAGCUAUAAGACGACCGGGAAAGCUUCCAAGUGACACAACAAUCAAUCCACAACAUCAAGGAUCAUCAUCAAAGAGCAACAAAAAUGCACACGUCAAUGAGGUAUGUGUUCUUAGAAAUGGUAAGUCUUAUGAGCACAAUGUUGAAACUCCAUCAAAAUUUGUUGAAGGUGUGGUGGAGGAUGUUAGUGAUGGAUCCGAUAAUGACCAAGAAAUAGAAACUCAUGUUACUAAAACUCAACCUCAUCAAGCUUUUAAAAAUUCAACAAAUCAAGAGGUUGUGGGUAACGAGUUUACUAAAGUGAUGGAUAAGGGUGUGGAGACUAAUACCGCCCCAUAUCCUUCCGCUUUAGUAAAGCCUAUGAAAGCAUCGAUUUAA